GCAAUAUAAAUAAAAUGUGUUAAGUAGAAAUGUACUAUGGACUUGCACGUGGAAUCGGGCACACAUCAUACCGUAGAUUGUUUCUUCAAAGUUUGAAUACAAUAUGCAGCUAAUGUGUAGUGUUAAAUUUAGCUGGACCUUGCAAUAGUAUGAAGUUAGUCGCGGAGCAGGAAGUAACGUCGUUAGUUUUUCAUUAAACAAAAAUUUUCAAUACUUUACACCCGCAUUUAAAGAACCAGUGAAUAAAGAAGCAGUAUUUCAACGUUCCACACCAUAUUUUUUUUCUUAACGCACCUUUACCAAAGUAGACGUAAAAGUGCUGUAACCGUCGUGGAAGGUGGUUGUGUGUUAUUUAGACAAUCUCUCACGGUGAAAAAAAAGAAUGGCACCGACGUUCAGCAAAUUUAUGACCAGACGCAACGUGGCUGGUGCUUGUGCUUUAAGUGCUUUGAUAUGGAUUUUAAAAAGAAGAAACCGGAAACAAGCCGCGAAAUACAGAAAUGCCUGGCCCACUAAUGACAUUCAGUAUGUUAUCAAAGAGGAGGAGAAGCCUAAAGUACCGAAAGCUCAUGUAAAUGCUAGAUUCUUUAGACAAUUGUAUCAAUUACUCAAAAUUGGUAUACCAUCGGUGGUGUCUUUUGAAAUGGGCUUUAUUGUGCUUAUCGCAGGCACGCUUGUUGUAAGAUCUGUCUGUGAUUUUCAGUUGAUAAAUAUCAUCACUGCAUUGGAUGCGUCGAUCCUUAAUAUGAACAAGCCUUCGUUUAAAAGAAAUCUAUUUAAGUUCUUAUGUCUAAUACCAAUGAUAUCUCUUGUGAACAACGUACUGAAAUACAGUACAUAUGAAACAAAAUUGAGGUUACGUACAAAUGUCACACGAUAUUUGUUGGAUCGGUACCUUAAAGGCUUUACUUACUAUAAAAUGAGCAAUUUAGAUAGCCGUAUAGCAAAUCCAGAUCAGCUCUUAACUACUGAUGUUGACAAGUUUUGUGAAAGCUUCAUGGACCUGUAUAACAAUAUUGCAAAACCUUUAUUGGACAUUGGCUUCUACGUGUACAAACUUACAAUUAAUCUUGGUCAAGAAACGCCAAUAGUAAUGCUGUCAUAUCUCGUCUUUGCUGGCAUGAUAGUAACUUAUCUACGCAAACCUAUUGGACAAAUGACAGUAAAAGAACAACGUUUAGAGGGAGAAUACCGUCAUAUUAAUUCAAGGUUAAUUACCAAUUCCGAGGAAAUAGCAUUUUAUCAAGGAAAUAACAGAGAAAAGUUAACUUUGUUAACCAGUUUCCAUAAACUUAUGACACAUCUUCGCAAAUGUCAAGAAUUUAAGACUCUCAUAGGAAUAAUUGAUAAUUUCGUUGGCAAAUAUAUGGCGACAGUGGUCGGUUUUUAUGCAGUAAGCUUACCUUUCUUCAUGGAAAACCAUAUGCUCUCGAAAGCUUCUAAUUAUCGUUUUAAUAGUUACUACACGUAUGGUCGUAUGUUAAUAAAAUUGGCAGAAGCCAUUGGUAGAUUAGUUCUAGCUGGAAGAGAAAUGACAAGACUGGCAGGAUUGACUGCCAGGGUUACCGAAAUAAAGAACGUUCUUGACGAUAUAAAUUCAGGGAAGUACGAACGAACGAUGAUUUGCGAUUUCAAAGACGAAUCAAUUGGAAGUCCGGGCAAAGGGAAGAUAGUGAACAAGGAUAAUAUCAUACGAUUCGAACAUGUACCUUUAGUAACUCCUAAUGGGGAUAUUCUUAUCAAAGAACUAUCGUUCGAAGUUAAAUCGGGAAUGAAUGUAUUAGUUUGUGGCCCAAAUGGCUGUGGGAAAAGCUCUUUGUUCAGAGUACUGGGAGAAUUAUGGCCAAUUUGGAAUGGAACAGUUACCAAACCUCCGCGAGGAAAAUUAUUCUACAUUCCUCAGCGUCCUUAUAUGACUCUGGGCACGUUGAGGGAUCAAGUGAUUUAUCCUCAUACAAAGACGGAGAUGAUGAGACGCGGGCAGAUGACGGACGAUGAUUUAAGAAAAUUACUAGACCUAGUUCAAUUGGGCCAUUUGUUAGAAAGGGAAAAUUUCACAAAUAGCGUGGGACAAGCUUGGGAUGCUGUAGCUGACUGGAUGGACGUUUUGUCCGGCGGCGAAAAGCAGCGUAUAGCAAUGGCUCGACUUUUCUACCACAAGCCACAAUUUGCAAUUUUGGAUGAAUGUACAAGCGCUGUUAGCGUCGACGUAGAGGACUCGAUGUACAUGUACUGUAGACAGGCGAAUAUUACGUUAUUCACAGUAUCGCAUCGACGAUCCCUUUGGAAACAUCACGAGUAUUAUUUACAAAUGGAUGGGAGAGGAAAUUACGAGUUCAAGGCUAUUGAAUCGGAUACAAAAGAAUUUGGAUCGUGAAUUUUCAUGUCCCUUGCAUCGAAUACUUGCCACUAUGCAAGGGACCGUCGUUUUAUGUUCGAUUAAUUUCGAAUAAUUAUAAAUAUAAAUGUGCAGUGUACAGCGCAUGUAUAUUAAAAGUAAUUAUCAUGAUUUGUUAUGUGUAGACCACAUUGAAUAAACAUUGCCAGAACUUAUAUCGAAUUGCUGGACAAUAAGAAUGUGUAAUAAACUCGGUGAUGAAAAUCA